GCAUGGAAGCGAUGGAGAUCGACGAAGCGCUCUACAGCAGACAGCUGUACGUGCUCGGCCAUGAGGCCAUGCGACGAAUGCAGGCCAGCAACAUUCUUUUGUCUGGGUGCAAGGGUUUGGGUGUAGAGAUAGGCAAGAAUCUGGCUCUUGCUGGAGUCAAAUCGCUCUCCCUCUAUGACCCGAACCCAGUGGAACUAGCUGAUCUUUCAUCUCAGUUUUACUUCACCGAGGAGGACGUAGGCAAGAAUCGAGCUGAAGUGUCUGCAGCUCGUUUGCGUGAUCUGAACCCCUACGUGAGCAUCGAGGUGUGCAAGGCAGAGCUUGACAAGGACUGUCUCAAGCAAUUCAAGGUUGUGGUUCUGUCAGACUGCUCGUUCGAGCGUGCCCUGCAAAUCAAUGACAUUUGUCAUGACAUCGGCGUCCAAUUUCUGUUUGCCCAGUCGAAGGGUGUAUUUGGAAACGUAUUUGUGGACUUUGGAAAGGAUUUCACUGUGUUUGAUACUAACGGAGAAGAGCCUACAUCAGCGAUGAUUUCUGCGAUCUCAUCGGAGAAUCCUGGUGUUGUCACUACCUUGGAUGAAGCCAGACAUGGGUUGGAGAGUGGGGACCACGUCACUUUUACCGAGAUCCAGGGCAUGACAGAGUUGAAUGGUUGUGAACCGAUUCGCAUCGAAGUCACAGGACCCUAUACUUUCACGAUUGGCGACACCAGCAAAUUCUCGCCCUACACCACUGGGGGAUACGUGAAGCAAGUGAAAAUGCCUCAGAAAGUUUCGUUUAAAUCUAUGCGCGAAUCUCUUGUGGAGCCUGAAUUCGUCCCUUCUGAUUUUGCCAAAAUGGACAAGCAGGAGCAAAUUAUGCUUGGGUUUUAUGCUUUGGAUGAGUUCGCCAAGCAAAAGGGCGAAGCUCCACGUCCUGGCAACAUGGAACAUGCGAAGGAGGUGAUCAAGCUUGCCAAAGAGUUGAGCUCCAAGCACAACAACCUUGUGUCGGAAUUCGAUGAGAAGCUGCUCACUCAAAUGUCGCUGAAUGCCAGGGGAGAUCUCUCGCCGAUGGCGGCAGUUCUCGGAGGCAUCGUUGCGCAGGAAGCAUUGAAGGCAUGUUCUGGAAAGUUCAUGCCGAUCAAGCAAUGGUUUGUGUACGAUGUCAUCGAGGCUUUACCGGAGGAUUACUUGCCAGAGGACGAAGUGAAAGCUCAGGGAUCACGAUAUGACGGUCAGAUAGCAGUCUUCGGGAAGACUUUCCAGGAUAAGAUUACGAACUUGAACUACUUUCUUGUCGGUGCAGGUGCGAUUGGAUGUGAGAUGCUGAAGAACUGGGCGAUGAUGGGCUUGGCUAGCGCUCCAAAAGGCUGCAUCCACAUUACCGAUAUGGACACGAUUGAGAAGUCGAAUCUGAACAGACAAUUCUUGUUCAGGGCUACAGAUAUCCAGAAGCUCAAGUCGACGACUGCAGCCGAGGCAGUGACCCGAAUGAACAAAGAUCUGAACAUCAAGUGCUACUCCACCCGUGUUGGCCCAGACACCGAAGAGUUGUUCGAUGAUGCCUUCUUCGAAAGCCUCGACGGCGUUUGCAAUGCCCUUGACAACGUUCAGGCCCGUCUCUAUGUCGAUCAAAGAUGUAUAUAUUAUCAGAAACCACUCCUUGAAUCUGGAACCUUGGGAACCAAGGGGAAUGUGCAAGUGGUAGUUCCCAACCUAACGGAGUCCUACGGCUCUUCCAGAGACCCUCCUGAGAAGUCAAUCCCGAUUUGCACGCUCAAGAACUUUCCGAAUGCGAUCGAACAUACAAUCCAGUGGGCGAGAGACGAGUUCGAGGGUUUGUUCAAACAGGCUGCAGAAGAUGCUAAUACCUACUUGAGCGACAGCGAGUACGUUUCCAAGUUGAAGAAACAGCCGGGAACAGGAUUAUCCACCCUCGAGAUUCUUCGGGACAACUUGGUUGCCAAGAAGCCAAAAUCCAUGACGGACUGCAUUGUGUGGGCUAGAUUGAAGUUCGAAGAGCUCUUUGUAAAUAAUAUUAAGCAAUUGCUCUUCAACUUCCCUUUGGACAUGGUGACGGCUGGUGGAACUCCUUUCUGGUCUGGACCAAAGCGUGCGCCCACGCCUCUGUCUUUCGAUCAGGAGAAUCAGCUCCACCUGGACUUCGUCAUCGCAGCUGCGAACCUGAGGGCGGGAGUGUUCGGCAUCGAAGGCACAAGGGACGUGGCUGCCAUCAAGGCUGCUCUUGGCGAUGUGAUGGUGCCGGAGUUCACACCGCAGAAGGGUAUCAAGAUCCAGGUGAAGAAGGCGGUCAACGAGGCUGAGGCGCAAUCAGACCAGAGUGCUCCACAAGAUCUUGACGAGGCAGAGCUCAAUCGCGUCAUUUCGCAGCUGCCGAAACCAGAAGAUCUCAAAGGUCUCAAGUUGAACCCAAUGGAGUUUGAGAAGGACGACGAUACCAACUUCCACAUCGACUUCAUUACGGCCUGUUCGAACCUCAGGGCGACAAACUAUAACAUCACCAACGCCGACAAGCAUCAGACCAAGUUCAUCGCCGGCAAGAUCAUCCCUGCCAUUGCAACGACUACUGCCAUGGUCACUGGCUUCGUUUGCUUCGAGCUCUACAAGCUGGCUCGGGGAGUCAAGCUGGAGCAGUACAAGAAUGCCUUUGCCAACCUUGCGCUCCCCCUCUUCACCUUCUCUGAACCGAUCGCUGCUCCUGUCCGGAAGUUCAAGGAUCAGAGCUGGUCCCUCUGGUCUCGCAUAGAUAUCGAUCAAGGGGACAUUUCUCUCCAAGAGUUUAUCGACUUCUUCCAGAAAAACAUGGAUUUGGAGGUUUCCAUGAUCUCUUGCGGAGUGUCGAUCCUGUACAGCUCGUUCAUGACAACAGGAAAGAAGAAGCAAGAGCGAAUGCCAAUGAAGAUGAGCGAGCUCGCCAAGAGCAUCGCCAAGAUUGAGUUCGGGCCGAAGCAGAAGUACAUGGUGCUAGAAGUGUGCUGCUCGGACGAGGACGGAGAGGAUGUCGAGACUCCGUAUGUGCGCUAUAAGUUUCGAUGAGGGGGAGGGCCAGUGCUCGUACAAGAGCUUUAAUGAAGUUUAGAUGGCUG